GGAAGAUCCAUUUAGCCAAGUCAUUCUGUGAAGACACUUCCAGAAAAGAAACGCCAUGCAGGAUGAAGACGGAUACAUCACUUUGAACAUUAAAAAAAAUCGAAAACCAGCUCUGGCUUCAGCGGACCCUGCUUCUUCUGCUUCAUUAUGGCGUGUGAUGGCGUUGAUUCUGCUGUUCUUGUGCUUGGGGCUGGUUGUUGGGAUGGUGGCUCUGGGGAUUAUGACUGUCACACAACAAAAGUAUCUACAAACUGAAAAUGAGAAUCUCUCAGGAACCCUGUAUCAACUAGCAAAGAAGGUCUGCCAAGAUUUAAUAAAUCAAUUAGAUCCAAAGGGCAUUUCAAGCCAUAAAUGCAGUCCCUGUGAGAAAAACUGGAGAUAUUAUGAAGAUAGUUGCUAUGGGUUCUUCAAGCGCAACGUGACCUGGGAAGAGGGUAAGCAGUACUGUGCUGACUUGAAUGCCACUCUCCUGAAGAUCACCUCCCAGAAUGCUCUGAAAUAUCUCAAAGGCAGAACCAGCCUUAUUCGUUGGGUUGGAUUGUCCCGUCCAAAUUCUCAUGAAGCCUGGACAUGGGAAGAUGGUUCCGUUGCCUCUCAACUCAUAUUUGAGCUUUCUGGAAAUGCAAGAGAAAAUAUGAAUUGUGCCUAUUUUCAUAGUGGAAAAAUUCACCCUGCCUUAUGUAUGAACAAACAAUAUUUUAUGUGUGAGAGGAAGGCUGGCAUGGCAAAGUUGAAUGAACUACUUUAA